ACAUUAUUUGUAAAAACAAGUUGGGCAUAUAUUCUCUCAAAUCGUCAAUCGAGGUAGUGGAAGUAUGUGAUUAGCUUCUUCUUCCUGACUCACAAUCUUCUUCAACGCAAACACAUUUCAACACAAUCACCAUGAUUUUUGUGGGCGGAGUUCCUUUUGCUCCAGAGGACUCAUCCCAGGGUAUGGAUACUUUAGUUGCUCUAAUGGAGCACCCUCUUUUGGUGUCUGCAUCGGAGUCCUUCAGAUCUAUGCAAGAGAAGAAGAUCUCACUUUCUGAAAACUCUUGCUCAAAAAGCAGUAAAUGGGUCUACCUCUUCCAAAGUGAAUUUGCAACUGUUGACCCAGCGCUUGUGGAUUUAGUUGGUACCGACGAAGCAACUACUUGUGUAGGUAUUGCCAUAAGAAACAGCAAAAGUGGAAUGAUAUCUGUUGCUCAUAUGGAUAUCCCAAGAGUUGUUGAUGGUGGCCUAAAUCAGAUGCUAUCUUUAGUUGCUGACCAUGAUUCUGAUGCUCCGUUGGAUGUGCAUCUGGUGGGUGGUUUCGACGACAUCUCAUCUCAACAAUCAUAUCUUGAUGCAAAACGCCGAAUCAAAUCCGAAGGCUAUUCCUAUCCUUUGUGUGCUAAGAUAGUCGAUGCUCUAAGGAAUAGGAGUGAGAAAUUUCAUAUCCAAACUCUCCAUGUGCUUGGGCAUAACACCAAAUGGGACUCUGAAGGGAUCGGAUACCCCAUUUUCCAUGGAUUUGUGAUGGAAACCUCGAGUGGAUCAAUCAGCCCUGCAAGCUUUGAUGGAACUUCGAGAUGCCCUGAUGAUAUUAUCCGAAGAAUUCGAGUGACUGCAUCUUUCGAGGAUCCUAAUUGGAGGGGCAAGUUGCUGGAUACAUAUGACACUAGCACUGACCAGUUUGUUAUUGCUCCGUGCGCUUGGAGCAUACGGCAGAAAAACAUAGCACUAGCCCUGCAAAACCUUUCGGAUGCAGAAAUACUACUUUCUUGUUCUUCUUCACCUUCUGCUGAGGGCCCUGAUUUUGUCGAUAAUGAAAGAAGGAAAUGGGACUACUUGAUCAGACACCCUGAUUGGAGAGAAGCUUUUCCGUCAAAGGCGCCUCGUCUGUUCCAGAGGACUGCACACGGAGCUUGGGCUCAGGCCGUAAGGGACAACAUUCAAAACUAGCUACCACCCGGAUUUUUCGGAUGGUUUAACUUCUGCUAAUGGCUUUAGAUUAUUUUACGAGGAUAACACAUUUUCGAUGUGCAAAUGCCUAAAGAUUAUUAGAUGUUUAUUUCCCUACAAAAAAUAUACUCCUAUGUUUCUAAAUACAAAAUAAAAAAACAGUAACGACAUAA